CAUGUUGAAGGAGAAUGUUGGCAAUGCUCGUAUUUCACCCAAUAAGUCAGACAAUUUACAGCUGGAAGAGUUAAAAAGAGAGCUGGACCACUUAAAGAAUGAGUUGGAAAAUGGAAAAAUCAAAUUGCAGGAGUCCCGGAAAAAAUACAACUCAGAACUGAAGCGCUGCAAAGAAACAGCAGAAAGGGAUAAAAGGAAGUUACUGGACAACUCGAAGUCCAAGUGGGAGCAGCAGAAGAUACACGAGCUUCAGCAGCUGAAGGACGCAGUGCUUCGAGAGCGGGAGGUAGAAAUAAGGCAGCUGCUAAGAUGGAAAGAUGAGGAGUUGAAGGAACUUCAAGCAUCUCUAGAGAGAGAACGUGACGUGGCGGUGCGGCAAGCCAGGGAUCUACAAAAACAACUGGUGGAUGAAUUGUUAAGCAAGGGUUUCGUUGGGAAGUCCAGUCCCAUAAAAAAAGAGGACAGUUCUUCAAGUGGGGGUGAUUGCCAGUGUAAACUUCAAGAUAUUUUAUCCAAAGUCAGGUGGGAAUAUGAUGGGGAACAAGCUUCCUGUAUACGGCACCUGAGAAAGGAGCUUGAUGUAGAGAGAAGUCUCUUUCUAAAGUACAUUUUGGCCAACUCCAAAAGCAAUUACUCUGCAAUUUUGAAUAGGAAACCAAACUCAUCGAAUUGCGGACGGGUAAAAUAUGGACGCCACUCUCUUGGUAGCGCUGUUUCCAGAGCGUGGUCUGUAGAGGAAACAUCCCAACCUGGAACUCCUGAAAGCCUUGACACCAGACGUUGGUCAGAAGAGAUAACAUCUUCUGAGACUGGGAUAGCUGACUGCCUGUUGCCGCAAACGAGCUCACCCCAAAGUCCUGCUGAACAAGGGUGGUACAAGUACUCAGAUAAUGAACCCUUAGAAGCUUGUUCCCUACGCUUUCAGGAAGAUACCUUCUCUGAGAUGAGUAUUUCGCUUACCGGGGCCAACAGCGACAUAACUUCAUGGAGGAGUUCCAGCAAUGAGAUGCAUCAGCUUCAUCUUAAGACAGAUGAUGAAAAGCAAGAGUCGUACGGGAUGGAGAAUAGGAUCUGCAAUCAUCCGCAAUCCUUUGGGACCCUAGAAAGCGAUACUGAUACUUUGCAGCAGUGGUCUCUGAUGGCUAGCAUCAUGAGCAGAGCUAGAGACGGCUCAGACGAGCCAUGGGUCUUGGAGGAAGCGGCAAGAUGCAGUCUCCUGCGCAAACCUCUGUCGACGGGUGCUGUCCAAAGCCAGGAGAAUGACUCUGCUUCUCCCAAGGAAUUACCCAGCCAUGUAUUUCGUCGUGUCAUGGCCCAUUCCCCACCAGAGUUGGACGUAGAGCCUCCUGUGGUACAGGUGCUACAAUGUGCCCAUCCAGUGAACCAUUUAACGGAUAUUGGAGAUUCUGGGCUCGCGUUUAAGUUGUCCAUGCUUUCAAGGAGAGAUUUGUUGGUGGACCCCACAAGCUCCCCAGUGGAUAUCCCCAAGGAUAUAACAUGGGUUGAAGAACACGCAGGAGAUCUUCCUGCCGUCCCUGCGAGCUUUGAGCUUCCCGUUACAAAGUUAUCAAGGACUAAGCUGCAGGGUAUUAAAUGUGUUUCCGUGCCAACAGAUAAUCAGGAAGUGCCAGUCUGCCCUCAAGAAAAUGAGAUUAGGUCUCAUACUGCUGAACAGCUGCUGAAAACCUUACACGCGGUGUGCGAGCAGGACGACAAAUGUGUAGCAAUUAAUACGAAUGGAAGCGACCCCCCUCAAUCCAAACAAGAUGCCGAAUUGCUAAAUACAUUGCAGGUUUUGGAGCAACGCUAUAACGAUUUAAAAGCGGAAAAUAUCUUAUUGAGAAAGAACAUUUUUCCAGAAACAGAAGAGAAGGUGAAAAGGCUGAAAAGGAAGAAUGCAGAGCUAGCAGUCGUAGCCAAACGCUUAGAGGAGAGAGCCCAAAGGCUCCAAGAAGCAAAUCUAAAAAUGGUUAACACUCCAAUACAUCUAAAAGGAACAAACUUGGAGCUCUGUAAAAAGGCAUUUGCACGCCAGCGCGCACGGGACAUGAGCGAACAGGCCAGCGCUCUUUUGGCUAAAGAUAAACAAAUCGAAACAUUAAAACAAGAAUGCCACCAACUGCAGGCCAAGCUUUCGGCCGGGAAGGAUUUUCCUACUGGAUUGAAGCUGAACGAUUUAGACCGUCUACUGCAUGAGUCUCAGAAGGAAGUGUUACGAUUACAGAGGCAAAUAGCUGUGAAACAUUUAAAGGACUCUCUGCAUGCAUCCAGUUCAGAUUCCCACGUCUCUCCUCCUCGCCCUUCCCCUCCCCUACCUGAUGCCGUGUACGUUGAGACCUUAAAUGGUUCCGAUGAACCCAUGGAGUGUGGCGACAAAUCGAUGAGGACAACCUCAGGAGAUGUAAUGAAGGUAGCUGAAUUUACAGAAUUAACAAAGAAACGAAAGGAAUGUGAGAUCUUGGAGCAAGAAGUGAAGAAAAAGCAUAAGAGAUGUGAAGAAUUGGAAAUUAAGCUUCAGGAGGUCCAGGCUGAGAAUGCACGUCUUGUGGAGGAGAACUCGAGAUUGAGUAACAAAGUAAAAUGGACAGGCAAGGUGGACGCUGAAAAUGCUGACCUGAGGGUGCAUUUGAAUGAAGUAAUUCAGCAACGAGAUUCCGCCCUGAAGGAGAGCCAUCAACUGCAGAGCAAGCUGGAGAACCUAGAGCAAGUGCUGAAGCACAUGCGAGAUGUGGUGGAGAGAAGGCAGCAAUUGGAGAAAGAUCAUGAAGAUGCUUUGAUUUCACUUAAGACGAGACAAGAGGAAGUAAAACGUCUCCAACUGGCCCAAGUAGAAGCUAAGAAAGAACAUGAAGGAGCAGUUCAGUUGCUGGAGAACACCUUGGAUAAUUUGCAGGCUAAAGUGAAGCUGUUGGAAGAGAAAUGUCGCAGUCAGACGGAGCAGUUCAGCCUCUUGUCUCAGGAGCUGGAAAGAUUUCGUCUGCAAACUGGGAACAUCGAUCUCCUCACUUCUACCUUGGUGACCCAUGAGCUGCCCCCACCUCAAUGCUGCUCUACACCUGAGCUGCCUCAGGAUGAAAGAGGAGCCCAUUCUUUUGAUGAGUUCUCAUCUUGGGAUGUGAUCAGUUGGGUAGACAUUAGUCUGGAUGACAGCAGCUGCAGUUUUAUAUACCUCUCAAUGGAGGGACCUGGUGUACCCAAUCUUCAAGAAAAGAACAGAGAGGGAGAAUCUAAAAAGGAAAAAAAGUUACCUCGCCCACCAAGCCCAAGCUAUGAAGUCGGCAGCGCUGAGGCCCAAAAUAAUGCAUCUGCCAAAGAGAAACGGAAGACGGGGACGCCCAAUGCUUCGUCAAAAUCUGAAUCUGCUCAUGAGAGUUCCAAGUCUUGCCCCACACCAGAGGUGGACACUGCCAGUGAAAUGGAGGACUUGGAAGCAGAUAGCGUUUCACUGAAUCCAGAACCAGAAGCUCGGGCUCCUGCUAAGUUGCAGGUCUUUCUUGCCAGAUACAGUUACAAUCCAUUUGAUGGACCAAAUGAAAACCCCGAAGCAGAACUGCCUCUAACUGCUGGAGAAUAUAUUUACAUCUACGGAGACAUGGACGAUGAUGGAUUUUUUGAAGGAGAGCUGAUGGAUGGAAGGAGAGGUCUUGUACCUUCUAACUUUGUGGAUCGUGUGUCAGACGACGGUCUGAUGGCCUUUCAGCCGGCUGAGACCCAUGAUCUUUCUCAAAGCUCUUUGCAAGACAUCAGCUUUUUGAGUGGAAGCAGCAUUGAGAGAAGUGAGGAGGAUGAUGAUGAUGAGAGCAGCCUCAGUCAGUUACCGUGUCCAUUGCAAGGAAAUAGCGAAGGGACUGCAAAUGUUUCAGCCGUGCCUUAUCCUCGUAAGCUAACACUUAUAAAGCAGCUGGCUCGCAGUAUGGUGGUCGGGUGGGAACCUCCUCUAGUAACGGCAGGGAGCGCAAAUAUCUUAAGUUAUAAUAUCUAUGUGGAUAACGAACUUCGACAAAACGUAAGGUGCGGAGGACAGACCAAAGCUUUGAUUGAGAAGCUGGAGCUGAAAACCCGGAGUUACCGUAUCUCUGUUCAGAGCAUGACGGAGCGGGGCUGCUCGGACAGGACGCGCUGUACUUUGCUGGUCGGUCACGGCUAUUCUCUUGCCCCGACGCAGCUGCGCGUUCGAAACCUUUCGGCCACAUCUGCUGAGAUCACAUGGCAGCCUUGCAACAGCAACUAUUCACAUGCCUUGUAUCUGAAUGAGGAGCCGUACGGUGUGGCCAAGGCAGGGACUUACUGGUACAACUUCAGCAGCCUGCGGCCCAGUACCUUGUAUAAUGUAAAAGUCGAGGCCCGACCUCAGAGGAUUCCCUUUGAGUUGCCACUUGAGAGGAGAGAACAGAAAACAACAGUUAUGCAACUGACAACUCCUGCUGCAGGUCCUCCGGAUGCCCCGCUUGAUGUUCAGGUGGAAUUGGGUCCAACUCCAGGUGUUCUGCUUAUUAGCUGGUUGCCAGUAACCAUCGAUGCAGCAGGAACCUCAAAUGGCGUGAGAGUCACUGGCUAUGCUGUCUAUGCAGAUGGACAGAAAGUUCUUGAAGUAACAUCCCCUACGGCGGGCAGUGUUCUGGUAGGCAUGUCGCAUCUGCAACUGCUCCAGGUUUCACGGGAAAUAUCUGUAAGAACUAUGUCUCCUAGUGGAGAAUCCGUGGACUCCGUGCCAGCUCAGAUCCCCGCUGCCUUGUUGAAGGUUCCCAACUAUUCCUCCCCAUUACAUAACUCCAGCCUUAUCUGCGAGCCAGCAUCAGGGCAGCUUCUGGAUUCUAGUCCCGAGAAAGUUUCUUCCACGCCUCUGACUUCGUCUUCCCCCUGCUCUCUACCUACGCCACCAGCCACCAGUUCCAAAGCCAGUUUUUCCAUCCAUACAAGUUGCAGUAGAGGUGAAGCCCUAGACUUUUUGCCAGUUCGCAUAUCAUCCCAACUCCUACAUUCACCGCCUUGUGCUUCUGUGGCCUGUUGCCAAGUUUCUUCUAGCGCUGAACCAUCAGAGACACUAGUUCCACAACAAGCAGCAACGGAAGAUCCCCCCGUGAUUGGACCGCAUACAGAAAGCAAUCCUAUCCCUACAAGCCUUCCUAUUCUAGCCUGGGCCACUGACAGCGCUACAAAAAUACCCAGCAACCAAUCACAAGAGAGAGGAAACAGCCUUGAGAGAGAGAGUAUUGGAAAAACCUCAGACACCAAAGAAUCUCCGCUCAAUGUUCAGUCACCAAGUCUAGAUCCGGGUCACGCAUGGAACAAGGAAGCAGGGACAGAAGAGUGCAAAGCAGCUGCCAAAGAAGACUGCUCGAGUCCCGAGACAGCAAUGUCCGAAGAGGCAGAAGACCCAAGAUGCAGUGUGGGAUAUCGAGGGGUAUCUAUUGAAGACUUCUUAGAAGAAAAAGUAAAGGCCGCUCAAUCAGAUGGGACUAAUUAUAUCAAAGAAGUUGAGGAAGAAUAUCUAUCGUUGCCUGAAGCACAUGCCGUGGUGUCCCAUAUAGAUCACAGCCGUAGCUCUAACCUCUCUGAUAUCCUAGAAGAAGAGGAGGAGGAAGAAGAGGAGCAGGAUGAAGAUGAUCCUAAUGCUAUUGCCUUUGUCAAAAAGUGGGGAGAGGCUGGAGUGAGCGCUGGCGGUGAUGGCUUGGGGAAGUUGGACUCAUGUGAGACGGACAGUGAUGAGGAAUUUCUUGAGAGGAUGUUGGAUCUGCCUCUUCAGAAACAUUGCAGCAAGAAGCUGUUUAUCAUCCCUGAAGUGACUGAAGAAGAAGAUGAAGAGGAGGAGGAGAACUUCACACCCACAAUGGCCACCAAGAACCAAACUGGUUUGGGUGUGGAGACACAGAGCCACCAGUUGACAAAGUCUCCCAAGAUUUUUUUGAAGAAGCCGGUCGCUGAAAGCAGUGAAAACCUGUCUACAGGCAUACGCCGAAGAGAAAACCUUGUGAGAAACACCACCACCAAACGUGUUGAGGAAGAUUGUGUUUUGCUUGACGAGGACUGGUAUCUAAAAACAAAAGCUCCUGUUACUCAGCCGCAGCUAAACAGCCUGAAGCCAGCUGUUUUGGGAAGUUCAGCAUUGAAUUCGAGGAAAAGCUCAACGCUAAAUGACAGAGCUUACCAUAGCACUGAGUCAAACAAAAGGCGAGUGAAUGACGCCCGGGAACACUGCAGCCGUUUGGCUACAAAUCCCAUUCAGACUGCAACCUAUGGUUCCAAAUGCUAUAGUUUGAAGGACCAUGGAACGGUUAGUAAUAUUAGAGAAACUCCUCAAAACAAUCACAAAAGCUGUAAAGGCAAACCCCAAAUUGGGUCCUUGAAGCGUAAAACAAAACCAUCCGGUGCUUGCAAUUCUAGACAUUUAGAAAUUGACAUUGAGUAUGAUACAGAAGAUGAAGAAGAGCCUCCGUUUUCAGCACUUAAUGUAUCUCAAACCAAAACUAACCAUUGGGAAGAAUGUUCUCAAGCAGACCAGGAUAGGUGGAGUGAUGGUCCUAGUCAACCUGAGCCAACCAAGCAUAUGAGGAGGAGGAAGGAGCUGAAAAGACAAUUUAAAGUACAAACAAACUCCGGAGAAUAUAGCCGGGAAAGCAUUCCUCUACUCCAUGGGGGCGAUUGUCAAAGAACCAAGCGUGACAGCUGGACAGAUGAUAAGCUGUUGAGCAAUAACGCUGUACGGACAGCUCAUUUGGACUGUCAUGGAAAGGACGACUGGAAUGGCAACUCGAGAUCAUCGCUAACUGGUCUUACUGAAGUACCUGCUUCUGUGAAGAAAAACCGAUCUAGUCAACUGCCUCCAGACAAAGAAUCAGCAGCUGACCGUUGUGCCUCACCAGAAUUUUGUCGGACGAGCAGCCCGCGGGAAGACGAAAGCUCCUCAAAACACCAGGAUCUGGAAACCGUGCGGAUAUUUGUUGCCCGCUUUGACUACGAUCCCGAGACGAUGUCACCUAAUCCUGAUGCGUACGAAGAAGAGCUUCCGUUCAAAGAAGGACAAAUUUUACAGGUGUUUGGAGAUAAGGAUGCAGAUGGAUUUUAUUGGGGGGAAUACGCCGGGAAAUCGGGAUACAUCCCAUGUAACAUGGUGUCCGAGUUACACGUCCAGAAUGAAGACAUGAAACUAGAGCUGGUGCGACAAGGGAGCUUCAAGUCCUUAUCCAAUGACAUGGGUGAGCUUAUUUUUUCCGUUUUUAUCCCUCUUUCUGUAAUUUUUUCCAAAUGUGUGCACAUUCUGUUUGGCAAUCUAAGUGUGCUUUGUAUCAUUUUCUGUACUGUGCAUUCUGAGAUCAGAGCUUUCUCUCCUCCUUCUUCUCCUCUUCCUUGUCCUUGUCCUUCUGGCCGCCUCCCGCCUCCAAAACCCAGGCGCUCAAAAAAAGUGCAACUGACUGCUGCUGCUGUGGAUGAACAAAGUACACCAGAAAAGAGAAGGAUCGACAAGUGUGAUUUCAGCAGUGCCAGACCAAUGGUGGCCAUAUUUGAUUACAACCCUAAAGAGAGUUCUCCAAACAUGGAUGUUGAGGCAGAGCUGAGCUUCAAUGCCGGUGAUGUCAUCACUGUGUACGGACAAAUGGAUGAAGAUGGCUUUUAUUAUGGAGAGCUAAAUGGACAAAGAGGACUCGUACCAUCUAAUUUCUUGGAGGCUUCCCACACAGAGGCAGAGAAAGCAAGAUCACAAGAGCCGGUCCAUGUAACCGGAGAAAUGAAGUUUAGCUUUGAUGUGUCCACGGACCAGCCAGACUCGCCACCAGAGGAUUAUAUCUGCAACCAAGCCGAUGACUUCAAACUGGCCUGCGAGACGUCCGAUCCACAUCAAGGCGUCAUAUCCAGCAAGAAAAAGAAGAGCUUCUUUUCGAAGGGGAGAAAACUCUUUAAAAAGCUUGGGUCUUCUGGAAAAAAUGUGUAGAUCUGACUUUUCCUCCCCCUGCUAUAUCCAGCAAUAAUCCAAUAUCUAAACGUGUGAGCAGAGAUACGGUUCUGUCCAUCACGAUUCCUCUGCUGGAACUUACGACGAUGGGCGGCGUUGCUAUUUUGUAAAUAGUAUUUAUUGUUAAAUGGUUUGUGAACAAUUUCUUGAUGUCUGUGACAGCAAGAGCAAACUAUGAAUGUAAAUGGAUGGUGUCUGCAAACAGAACAAGUGCAGAAGGUGGAACCGAGAGAUCCAAAAGGGAUUUUAGGAAAGCCUGGCUUUUCCCAAACGCAAGCUAAUGUAGUUCCCCUGGCUUGUCACUUUUGCACUAGAUCGGUGACUAUGCCUUUUAGGACGACAAGGAAUGUUUGCACUAUACAUUCUCCCAGAUCCUAUGCCACGUUCUUGGAAGUGCAGUAUGUUCCAAACCUGCCACGCACACAAUCCAAACCAACUGGGAGACCACAAGCGCCAACGUAUAUAAGAUUUGGCAUGAGUUUAAUAGCGCUUUCCCUUCCCCCAGAAACUUACAUCAGCUCUGUUGUGUUGCGCGCAUGUUUGAAGAGAGUAUUCAUUUGCCUUAUUUUUACCUGGUUCAACGUUUUACUUGUUUACAAUGUUCUACAUUUUUUGUGACGGGAUAACAGAAUUGUUGGGUUGCUGUGAUAUGUAGGUGGCAGCUCAGAGGGUGUUUGAUUUCAUUGUCCCUGUCGCUGACAUAUCCUCUCCCAGCAUCCGAGCCAUUACUGUGUGCACACGCGACCAGCAUUUUGUACCACGGAUCCAAUAUUUUGACGCUUUCAGUGUCCAUAUAAUUUAUUUUGCAUGUUUCACGAAAUAAUAAAAUACAACACUGUUUGGAGGGUUUGGGUGAACAGCCACAGUGUGUUCGGAAACACUAAGUGACGCCCGUUGGUGUUGCAACAUGUUCAUUGUUUACAAAUGCAAAUACAUUUUAUUAUAAUAAAGUAUAUUUUCACA